AUGGCGGGCAACGGAGCGUCUACGACGCCGACCAAGGUGGCCAUCCUGGGCAAGGACUCGAUUGUCGUCGACUACGGGCUCUGGCAGAGCUACGUCGCCGACGACCUGGUCCGGCACAUUCCCUCGUCCACGUACGUGCUCAUCACCGACACCAACAUUGGCUCGACGUACAUCCCCACGUUCGAAAAGGCGUUCAGCGCCGCCGCCUCGGCCUGCGCCACCCCGCCGCGCCUGCUGACCUACACCAUCCCCCCCGGCGAGAACUCCAAGUCGCGCAACACAAAGGGCGUCGUCGAGGACUGGCUGCUGUCGCAGGGAUGCACCCGCGACACCGUCAUCAUCGCCCUGGGCGGCGGCGUCAUUGGCGACAUGAUCGGCUUCGUCGCUGCCACCUACAUGCGGGGCAUCAAGUUUGUCCAGGUGCCCACCACGCUGCUGGCCAUGGUCGACUCGAGCAUCGGCGGCAAGACCGCCAUCGACACCCCGGCCGGCAAGAAUCUCGUCGGUGCUUUCUGGCAGCCUGAGCGCAUCUACAUCGACCUGCAGUUCCUCGAAACGCUGCCCAAGCGCGAGGUCAUCAACGGCAUGGCCGAAGUCGUCAAGACCGCAGCCAUCUGGGACGAGAGGGAAUUUACCACGCUCGAGGGCAAUGCAGACACCAUACUCGCAGCGCUCGACCAGAAGCCCGAUGGCGGUAGACGCAGCUUCGACAGCAUUGCACACAUACUGAAGCGCAUCGUGCUCGGCUCUGUGCGCGUCAAGGCCGAAGUCGUCUCUGCCGACGAACGUGAGGGCGGCCUGCGCAAUUUGCUGAACUUUGGUCACUCCAUUGGCCACGCGUUCGAGGCCAUCCUCACGCCUCAGAUCCUGCACGGCGAAGCAGUCGCCAUUGGCAUGGUCAAAGAAGCAGAGCUCGCGCGCUACCUGGGCGUGCUGGACCCCUCUGCUGUUGCACGUUUGACAAAGUGCAUAGCCAGUUACGGCCUCCCUACCUCGCUCGCAGACAAAACGGUGCGUAGACGGACGGCAAACAAGCACUGUCCGGUUGAUGAGCUCAUCAAAAUUAUGGCUGUCGACAAGAAGAACUCGGGCAGCAUCAAGAAGGUCGUCCUUCUCUCCGGCAUCGGCCGUACACACGAGAAGAAGGCUAGCACCGUUGCCGACCGCGACAUAAAGAUCGUGCUCUCGCCCAGCAUAUCAGUGCACCCUGGCGUUCCUCGUCAUCUCACCACCACGUGCACCCCACCAGGAUCCAAGAGCAUCUCCAACAGAGUUCUGGUCCUCGCUGCGCUUGGAAGCGGAUCCUGCCGCAUCAGCAAUCUUUUGCAUUCCGACGAUACUCAAGUCAUGUUGGACGCGCUUGCGAAAAUGCAAGGCGCAAGCUUCUCGUGGGAAAAUGACGGCAAGGAACUUGUCGUCACUGGAAAUGGUGGCAAUCUAAAGGCGACCAACGACGACCUUUACCUUGGAAAUGCUGGCACAGCAGCACGCUUUCUGACAUCAGUUACCGCACUUGCACAGCCGGUUGAAGGCGUCACGUCGACCAUCGUUACCGGCAACGCAAGGAUGAAAGAGCGCCCGAUCGGUCCGCUUGUCAAGUCGCUGCGAACCAUGGGCAUUGACAUCGACUACCAAGAGAACCAAGGCAGCUUGCCCUUGCGCAUCUCAGCCUGCGGCGGCUUUGGUGCCAGCGAGGGAGAGAAAGCGUUCACUGGGGAAAUCGAGCUUGCAGCGACUGUUUCCUCUCAGUAUGUCUCGUCCAUCCUGCUGUGCGCACCUUACUCCAAGAAGCCUGUGACUCUUCGCUUGGUCGGCGGUAAACCGAUCUCGCAACCCUAUAUCGACAUGACCAUCACCAUGAUGGCUUCGUUCGGUGUUCAGGUCGAGAAGUCCUCUACUGAGGCAAACACCUACCAAAUCCCAAACAAACCUUACACCAACCCUGGCGAAUAUGUUGUUGAGAGUGAUGCCAGCUCGGCUACAUAUCCAUUGGCCAUUGCGGCCAUCACAGGAACAACGUGUACUGUACCAAAUAUUGGUUCGAGCUCUUUGCAGGGAGAUGCCCGCUUUGCGGUUGAAGUGCUGAGGCCUAUGGGCUGCAGGGUUGAGCAGUCAGCCACUUCGACGACCGUGACUGGUCCGCCAAGUGGACAGCUCAAGGCCGUCAAGGAGAUUGACAUGGAGCCCAUGACGGAUGCCUUCCUGACCGCAUCGGUAUUGGCUGCUGUGGCGUCUUCGAACGGCGCCUCGACCGCGACACGUAUCUACGGUAUCGCCAACCAGCGUGUCAAAGAGUGCAACCGCAUUCAGGCCAUGGAGGACGAGCUUGCCAAGUUUGGCGUAACCUGCAGACAAUUUGAUGAUGGCAUUGAGGUUGAUGGACGAGGUUACCAGCUCGAUGCGCCCAAGGAAGGCAUCCAUUGCUACGAUGACCAUCGUGUUGCCAUGAGUUUCGCUGUCCUUGCUUUGGUCGCACCUAAGCCUGUACUCAUUCUUGAGAAAGAUUGCACUGGCAAGACAUGGCCCGGCUAUUGGGACUCUCUAAAUCAAAUCUUCAAGGCCAAGCUCGAUGGCGUUGAACUCCCACACAGGUCGAUUCAAGAUAGCAGGAUUGGAUCGACGGUGAAGGACAAGUCCAUCUUCUUUAUUGGCAUGCGUGGUGCUGGCAAGACAACAACAGGCGGAUGGGCUGCUCGUAUCCUCGGAUGGCCGCUCAUUGACCUGGACACCGCGCUCGAGCAACACCUAGGAAUGACCAUUCCUGAAAUUAUCAAGCAGCAAGGAUGGGAGGGCUUCCGAGCAGAAGAGCUCAAGAUCCUGCAAAAGACUAUGAAGGAGAAGCCAACCGGCCACGUUUUCGCCUGUGGUGGUGGGAUUGUCGAGAUUCCAGAGGCACGUAAGAUCUUCGUUGACUAUCAGAAGAGCAAUGGCGUUGUUCUUCUGGUGUCUCGGGACAUUACUAGGGUGAUGGACUUCCUUCAGAUCGACACAACACGGCCUGCUUACGUAGAGGAUAUGAUGGGUGUUUGGCUGCGACGCAAACCUUGGUACUUGGAGUGCAGUAAUUACCUGGUGAACAGCCAGAGCUCGGACUCCACAGGGUUUGUCAGGGCGCUAGAGGACUUUGGUCGCUUAUUGAAGAUGAUUACAGGGAGGACAUCAGCGCUGCAGUCGAUACGGAAGAGACAACAGUCCUUUUUCGUCUGCCUUUCGGCACCGCAAAUCCAGCCCUUGCAGGAAGACCUGCCAGAGAUCACUGUGGGCGCAGAUGCAGUAGAACUUCGAGUAGAUCUACUCGAAGAUCCCAAGUCACCAGAAGGGUUACCGCCACCUGAAUUCGUCAUUGAACAAUUGACCGCACUUCGUCAGGCAACAUCUUUACCAGUCAUCUUCACAAUACGAACCAGGCUGCAAGGCGGCAGGUUCCCGGACGAGGCUUACAACGAGGCUCGAGAAUUGUACCAGACAGCACUUCGACUGGGGUGUGAAUUUUUGGAUCUUGAGAUGACAAUGCCCGAGUACAUCCUCCGCGAGGUUACGGAACAGAAAGGUUAUACAAGCAUUAUCGCCAGCCACCACGACCCCAGAGGUGAGUUAAGCUGGGACAAUGGCUCGUGGAUCCAAUACUACAACCGGGCUUUGCAAUACGGUCACGUCAUCAAGCUUGUCGGUGUAGCCAAGUCACUGAAAGACAACUUUGCUCUUGCUGAGUUCAAGUCAUGGGCAGAGUCCGCUCACCCUGUACCGAUCAUUGCCAUCAACAUGGGAGAGCACGGCAAGCUGAGUAGGAUAUUGAAUGGCUUUAUGACGCCGGUCUCCCAUCCUCUACUUCCGUCUGCAACAGCUCCUGGUCAGCUGACUGCUGCCGAUAUUCGUCGUGGUCUGUCGUUGAUGGGCGAGAUCCAACCCAAGAAGUUCUACAUUUUCGGUUCGCCGGUUCAGCAAAGUCCCAGUCCGCGCUUGCACAACAGACUUUUCCUCGAGACAGGAUUGCCACACAAUUACGCCAUCGUUGAGACCGCUGACACGACGCCCAUUGCGGAUAUCAUCCGCGCACCAGACUUCGGUGGAGCUAGCGUCACCAUACCCCUUAAGCAGGACGUGACUCCCUUGCUUGACGGCAUUGGCCCUGAGGUGGAAGUUAUCGGCGCCCUCAAUACCAUCGUGCCAGAAGUUUCGAUCGACGAAUCGACCGGCAAGGAAAUCACGCGUCUUGUUGGCCGUAACACUGACUACCUUGGAAUGGUCCUUGUUUUGAAGAAUGCAGGUGACCAGCGCUUGCCCGGGGAGCAGCACUCUGGUCUUGUCAUCGGCGGUGGAGGAACCAGUCGUGCAGCCAUCUAUGCUCUGCACGAAAUGCAGUAUAGUCCGAUCUUCCUUCUUGGUCGCAACAUCGGAAAGAUGGAGAAGUUGCAAGCUGCCUUUCCCGCUGAAUACGAUAUUUGCGUUAUCAAGACCACGAGCGAUGUCGAGGCAUUAGAGCGCCUGCCUACUGUUGCUAUUGGCACUAUACCUGCUGACAAGCCCAUCGACCCGAGCAUUCGCGAGACAUUGUGUGCAUUGUUCGAGAAGGCCAAGACAUCGGAGAACACUGGGCACAUGACUCUGCUUGAGAUGGCUUACAAGCCCUCAGUUACUGCGUUGAUUCAGUUGGCCCGAGACGCUGGUUGGAAGACUGUCAAUGGUCUUGAGGUCCUCGUUGGCCAAGGCGUACAUCAGUUCGAGUAUUGGACAGGAAUCAAGCCGCUGUAUGCGAUUGCAAGGACAGGAGGCGGUCUUGAGUGGUUACUAAACGUGUACGGUGCUAGAUUGCUCUGA